UCUCUCUGUCUGUCUCCAUCUCUUCUCUUCCUCACUGGUCCCUUAAGCCUGCUGCAUCACAGGAGCUAUCCAGUGCUGAACAGGAUCGCUUUAUUUUUUAUUUUUUUAUUUUUCUGGGGGAAGCUGGGGGAGCCAGAGAGUAUCACACAGCAUUGCCGUCAGCCUUGUUCUCCACUGGUUUCCAUUUUCUUUCUUAUCUUAUGUUUUUGGCCGUUGUCUUCACAUUAACCGCAAGGAUUACCGUCAAGCCAGCUCUGCUCGUGUGCUUCCUCAGAGGGUCUCUCAUUUUCUCUCAUGCGUUUUUCUCAGCUCUGUGUUUUUAUCCAUUGAAACAUGCCCCGCUCAUUUUUGGUGAAGAAGAUCAAGCUUGAUGAUUUCUCUUCGUCCAAUGUGGCCACUUCCAAUCAUCAUCACCACCUGGACGACUCGUUCACUUUUGCACGCUCCAUCACAGACUCGGUGACCAGCCUUGGGGUUCGUCUCAGUGAGAAUGGCUACAUCCAGGAUUACAUCACGCCAUCUGUAUACCAGGGGGAGAAGAAGAUGGAGCACAAGCUGGCCUCGCCGGUGUCAGACCCCCUUUACACCCAGGUGAGCAGCGGAGAGGAGUACUGUGACCCCGACCUGAAGCACCCCGACAGCCCCCAGUCUGGCAUGACAGCCAGCGGCUUCUACAGUGGUGAAUCGGAGGCACUGGCCGAGGGUUACACCAUGGAUGCCUUCUUCAUCUCUGACGGGCGCUCGAGGCGGAAGGGAGACACAGAGAGUCGUGGAGGGGGCUCAAGAAGCAGCAGUGCCAACGGCGGGGCUCAGGAGAGGGGAGCUGGCACGGCUCGCCACACCUGCAACGAGUGCGGCAAGACGUACGCCACUUCCUCCAACCUCAGCAGACACAAGCAGACGCACCGCAGCCUGGACAGCAAGAUGGCCCGCAAGUGUCCCACCUGUAAUAAAGUGUACGUGUCUAUGCCAGCGUUGGCCAUGCACAUCCUCACCCACGACCUCAAGCACAAGUGCGACGUGUGCAGCAAGGCCUUCAGCCGGCCGUGGCUCCUUCAAGGUCACAUGCGCUCGCACACGGGGGAGAAGCCCUUUGCCUGCGCACACUGUGGCAAAGCCUUUGCUGACCGUUCAAACCUCCGCGCCCACAUGCAAACACACUCUGCCUUCAAGCACUACAGAUGCAAGCGCUGCAAUAAGACCUUCGCUCUCAAGUCCUACCUGAACAAGCACUAUGAGUCAGCUUGCUUCAAGGGCUCUGCGGACGAAGACGACUCUGGAUCAGAAAAUUAACCACGAGAAAAAAGCAAAAUUUUGAACCCCUGUUGUAGGUUCACAACCAAUAACCCUGUUCACUCUGCCCUCCAUGCCUUUUUUCUUCCCUUUUUUUAGAAAGCAAUAUUUUCACUGAGAUUACGUGAAGAAACUCUAAUGAUUAUGGCAAAGACAAUUUCAAAAGAUGCUGGAUUUUUUCCCUGCACAGUAGCUAAUCGUCCACAGAAACAUACAAUCAAACAACCUUCCCCCAAAUAGAGACUGUAGAUGAUAGUUGUACACAAUUAAGCAAC